CUAAUCUUCUCUUCCUAGUACUUGUCUGAAUCUGAAUCUCAACGUAGCUUCUUCUUAUUGCUUUCUCACCUGAGCUUUCUCUUGUACUUCUCCAGAUUUUUGAUUCAAAGUUUUUGUAAAAUCUGACUGUAAUUUCAAAAUCUUAAUUCUACUUAAAAUUGAAGGGCUGAUCUGCAAUUAAACCAUAAUACGUCAUCUGUUAAAAAUAACCCCAAAACUUAAUCACAUUCGCUAGAAAACCCACAAUCAUAAUAAUACCCAGACAAAAAGGUUAGAUUUUUUUUUUUUUUAGUUUUAAACAUCAUCAUACAUCCGUCGUGAAUCUAAACCCCGGAGGCCUCCCUCUCCGCCGUUUGGCCUCUUCCCUCCGCAGGAUCCAAAGCCUAGGUGGAUAUUGGAGGUUCUAUGAUACUUGUGUUGAGCUGAUUAUGAAUAUCAACAGAGACGAGGCUCUUAGAGCCAGAGAGUUAGCAGAAGGUUUAAUGAAGAAGUCUGACUUCACCGGUGCUCGUAAGCUUGCAUUGAAGGCUAACAAAAUGGAUCCCAGCUUAGAGAACAUAACACACAUGACGAUGGUGUGUGAUGUUCACUGCGCUGCGACGGAGAAGCUCUUUGCAAACGAGCUGGAUUGGUACGGUAUACUCCAAGUUGACUUGAACGCUGAUGAUACCAUCAUCAAGAAACAGUACAGAAGGCUGGCGCUUCUUCUCCACCCUGAUAAAAACAAGCUCCCAGGUGCUGAGUCUGCUUUUAAACUCAUCGGUGAAGCUCAGAGGAUACUUUUGGAUAGAGAGAAAAGAACGGCUUAUGAUACUAAACGUAGAGCUUGGAGAAAGCCUGCACCAGCACCUUCUUAUAAAGCCCAACCGGUGCCGAGGAACCACCGUGCGCAGCAGGCAAGCGUUAAUUUGAGGAAUGUCUAUAACGACUUGAGAUCGCAUCCUCAGCAGAAAGCUCCUCAAGCCCCACCACCACCAGCAGGUUUCAGUCACCGUCCUACCUUUUGGACCUCUUGUCCCUUCUGCCGGAUGAGGUAUGAGUAUAGUAGGGAAUCUAUCAUGAAACAAACUUCUUGUCUGGCUUGCAAAAAACAGUUCACUGCGUUGGAGAUACCUUUCCAGAAUGUAGUACCACCGGCGACAAACUCUUCUACUUUCCCACAACAGAACAAGCCUCCAGCCCAAAAUGCUUGCAAUGAACCGCAAAAGCGUCCACCAGAUGGUCGUCCUCCUCCCACUGUUCCCUCUGGAAAGGCAACAACAACUACUAGAAAGAGGAAGAAAAAGAAUUUGGAUGAAUCUAGUGAAAGCUCUGACAGUGAGAGUGAUAGUGAGUCGGAAGAUUUUGUAAAUGGUGAUACUAUGGCAGCACAAGGUUUGGGGUCCAAUGGAGGACAGCAGCCUCGGAGGUCAAUUAGGAGCAAGCGGCAGGUUUCCUAUAAGGAGAAUGUAAAGGACGAUGAUGUGGACUUAGUCAAUGAAGAUGGAGAAGGGUCCGGUAAUAAUAUAGAUACUGAAAAGGAAGAAGAGCUAGAAGACAAAAAGCAAACACAAGAAGAUCACCACACUACUGAAACCUUGCCGAAUGGUGUAAACCCAAAGGAGAAGAUUAAAGAAGACCAGGUCAAAGUGGAAAGCGGUGAUAGUGCCAGUGAUUCAGAGGAUGAUUUGUGUUCAGGGAGUGAAGCAAAACCAAAUGUUAUCAACUGUGAUGAUCCUGAGUUCAGUGACUUUGAUAAGCUGAGGGCAAAAGACUGUUUUAAAGCUGGCCAGAUUUGGGCUUUAUAUGAUGAUGGAGAGGGGAUGCCUAGAUUCUAUGGUCUCAUCAAAAAAGCUACAACUAAAGAUUUCUCUGUAACGUAUAUGUGGUUAGAGGCAGAAGAGGAUGAAGCGCGAAACUUGCCUGUCUCUGUUGGUAACUACGAACUCGGUGGAGAGGAGAAGACCAAUAGCACUCACGUUUUCUCUCAUUUCGUCCAGAGCAAAAUAGGAAGGGCCCGGCGGUUUAAGGUGUUCCCUAAGAAAGGAGAAACGUGGGCACUUUUCAAGAACUGGAACAUGGAGUUAUCCUCUGACUCAGAGUCUUCUCAUGAGUAUGAGUUUGUUGAGAUCCUGUCUGAUUAUGCAGAGGAGAGUGCAAUAUCAGUGGGCUUCUUGUCAAAAGUGGAAGGCUUUAAGUUUGUUUUCUGUCCAAUGGCGAAGGACGGAUCAGAGACUUGUGAGAUUCCACCUCAUGAGUUCUGUAGAUUCUCACAUGGGGUUCCGUCGAACAGAUUGAAGGGGACAGAAGGGAGAGGAGUGUUGGAAGGUUGGUAUGAGCUUGAUCCAGCUGCUUUACCAGUACCUAGCUCUCAAAGUAAACCAGGAGAAGAAGCAGCAGAUCAAUCUCCACCUUCAGGAUCUGCCUGUUGACUUGCUCAACAAAUCUGGAGCUCUACAGAGGCCUUUUGUGACAUGGUGAAGUCAUUGAUUAGGAGAUUGUUUUGUUGUUUGUGCGUUUUCUUUUUUCUUGGUUUACUCAAGACUUGUAGCUUUAUCGGCAUAUGCUUUAAACUACAUUAUUGUUAACAGUAAGAAUAUGUGACUUGAAAAUAGCACCAGUUUCAACU